UAAUGGAAAUGGAUGUUAAUCAAAACUAUCAAAAUUAAAAAGCAAUAGAUUCAGAAUCAAUUAGAAGAAUUCAAUAUAGAUUUCAAGAAGAUUUAGCCUUUAAUUUAUUAAGUAAUGGAUUCUAUAAUAGAUUCACUGAGUGUAGUAGUUAAUGGAAGAAUUAAUAGAAGAUUUAAACUUAAUUUUUUAAGUAUUUAUCAUUACAAAAUCAGAAUAUACAUGUUGUAGUUGAAGAUAAGAUUCCUUGUAGAACCCAAAAGUCUUUUCCCUUAUCAGAUUUAAAUUCUUUCUUUCCAUUCCAGAACCUUAAGAAACUAUAGACUAAGAUCUACAGACCAACUAACCAAGGGACAGACAAUUAAAAGAUUCAGCUUUGAGACAAAUUCUAGUGGCACUUUAAGAUCCCAAAUUUACUUAAGAGAGACACAAUCCAGAAAGACAUAGAGGUUUUCUACCUUGUUCUUUUCCAGUUGAGCCAAAUAAUGAAUAUUUCUUGAGAGCCAAGUGGUCUACCCUAUGAGACAAGACUUAAGAUUGAGAACAGCGAAAAACCUUAUUACUAGUUACCAGAGAGAAACGACUAUUUCAAAAGUCCCCAUGAUUCUCUUCUAAGAACUAAGUUUCUAAGAUUUCCAUUUGAGAAUGAUUCCACAAAUUCCUGUUUGACUAGAUGCCCAAGGUUCAUAAAUUCAGACUAAAGAUUAAUCUUUCUAAGAGCCCUUUUCCUUAAUAAUUAUUAGACCAAUCACGAAGAUAAAAUAAUCUACUGUAGACCAAUCUAAGAUCCAACCUUUAAAUAUAUCUCUUGUUGACCCAAACUUGUU